AAUGGAAGUAGCAGUCCUCGCUGGAAUCCUGCAGAGGAGAGGCGGAGGCGGCGGCGGCACUUGCCGUGCUGUGGCGGGCUCUGCUCUCCCCGAGGCGGGCUAAAACCACGCGGGUCCCUUUCCUCUUCACCACUAGCAGGUCGGAGGUGGGUUUCCAGUCAGGUGCGCUGAGGCUGCUCGCCAUGUCACGGUCCGGGGACAGGACGUCUACCUUCGACCCCAGCCAUAGCGACAAUCUGCUUCACGGCCUCAACCUGCUGUGGAGGAAGCAGCUCUUUUGCGACGUGACCCUGACGGCCCAAGGCCAACAGUUCCAUUGCCACAAGGCCGUGCUGGCCUCCUGCUCCCAGUACUUUCGAUCGCUCUUCUCCAGCACCGCCGGUGGAGGAGGCGGGGGAGGCGGCGGCGGCGGAGGGGGGAGCGGGCUUAAUCACCCCUUGGGCGUUGGACCAGGAGCUCAGGACGGCCUGCUUCCGAAGGAUCAGCAGCAGCAGGAGGAGCCCGGCACGCCCUCCUCCUCUCCGGAGGACAAGCUGUUGGCCAGCCCUAGGGCCAUCAACAACCUGGUGUUGCAAGGCUGCUCGUCGAUCGGACUGCGACUGGUGCUCGAGUACCUGUACACCGCCAACGUGACCCUCUCCCUGGAUACGGUGGAGGAGGUCUUGUCGGUCAGCAAGAUCCUGCACAUCCCGCAGGUCACCAAGCUGUGCGUUCAGUUCCUCAACGACCAGAUUUCCGUGCAGAACUACAAGCAAGUGUGCAAGAUCGCAGCCUUACACGGCCUCGAAGAGACCAAGAAACUGGCCAACAAGUACCUUGUGGAGGACGUGCUGCUGCUCAACUUCGAGGAGAUGCGCGCCCUGCUAGACUCUUUGCCUCCCCCGGUAGAAUCGGAGCUGGCGCUCUUCCAGAUGUCCGUCCUGUGGCUGGAGCAUGAUCGGGAGACCCGCAUGCAGUACGCCCCGGACCUCAUGAAGCGACUACGCUUUGCCCUUAUCCCGGCUCCGGAGCUUGUCGAGCGGGUCCAGUCGGUGGAUUUCAUGCGUACGGACCCGGUCUGCCAGAAGCUACUUCUGGACGCCAUGAACUACCACCUGAUGCCUUUCAGGCAGCACUGCAGACAAAGUCUGGCCAGCAGAAUUCGUUCCAACAAGAAAAUGCUUUUAUUGGUUGGAGGACUGCCUCCUGGACCUGACCGGCUUCCCAGCAAUUUGGUUCAGUAUUACGAUGAUGAAAAGAAGACAUGGAAAAUACUGACAAUUAUGCCAUACAAUAGUGCCCAUCACUGUGUUGUGGAAGUAGAAAAUUUCUUGUUCGUUCUGGGAGGAGAAGAUCAGUGGAAUCCUAAUGGCAAACACAGUACAAACUUCGUCAGCCGGUAUGAUCCUAGGUUUAACAGCUGGAUACAACUUCCACCUAUGCAAGAAAGGAGAGCUAGUUUUUAUGCGUGUAGGCUUGAUAAGAACUUAUAUGUGAUUGGAGGGAGAAAUGAAACUGGCUACUUGUCAAGUGUGGAAUGCUAUAAUUUAGAGACAAAUGAGUGGCGUUAUGUAUCUUCCCUACCACAGCCUUUGGCAGCACAUGCAGGAGCUGUACAUAAUGGAAAAAUCUAUAUUUCAGGUGGUGUCCAUAAUGGUGAAUAUGUCCCCUGGCUCUAUUGCUAUGACCCUAUAAUGGAUGUCUGGGCUAGAAAACAAGAUAUGAACACAAAAAGAGCUAUCCACACGCUGGCUGUAAUGAAUGACCGACUGUAUGCAAUUGGAGGAAAUCAUUUGAAAGGUUUUUCUCACCUUGAUGUCAUGCUUGUGGAAUGUUAUGACCCAAAGGGAGACCAAUGGAAUAUUUUGCAAACUCCUAUUUUAGAGGGUCGAAGUGGUCCUGGAUGUGCAGUUCUUGACGACAGCAUAUACCUUGUUGGAGGCUACAGCUGGAGUAUGGGAGCCUACAAAUCUUCUACUAUUUGUUAUAGUCCUGAGAAAGGAUCCUGGACAGAGCUCGAAGGAGAUGUAGCUGAGCCACUUGCAGGUCCCGCUUGCUCUACUGUCAUACUUCCUGCGUGUGUGCCAUACAACAAAUAAGUCCUGGAAAUGCAGAAGAGGACAUUGAUGCAUUCAGGAAAGGAAUGAUGGGAGACGUAAUUAUUUUAAAAAACAGUUCUUUGGACCACAGACCACAAGAUCCUACUCCUACACCUCCAUUUAUGUUUUUUUUUUAAAAGACUAAGCAAAUUCCCAUCUCAGAUGAAUUGGUAUCUUGUCAGACAAGUAGGUUAGACGCAUGGAACACUGCACAUGUUGACAGAUGGCCAUUUCAGAUUGAUAUUUUCCCUGCUGCAGACCCAUAUACUGAUACUAAAUUUAAAGAAAAUGAACAAGAACAUUACUGCGCAUUCUGUUUUACUGCAUGGGAUCUGUGUUGAAGUAACAAUGAUAGUCCACUUGUAAUUCAAAAUUGCGGUACUGAAAAGCACUGAAGCGCAGAAUGGUCUGCUCCAUUUCCGUUGUAAUCCAUGACUGCUUUACAUUCUCUGCAAGCAACAAACUUCAGAAGAAAACACAGAGGUAAUAAUGUAAUGCUUCUAUUGCAAACAAAUUAGUUGUCCUAAUGUACACUUUGCCCUAACAUUCUCCUCAUUAAGAAUUGCAGAAAAGUCAUGAUAGCUUUCAGGAUCUGUGCCAAUCUUUUAUGUUAUUUGCAAGAGUAUAAAUCCAAAAUAAUUACUGCAAAAGUUCAAAGAUUCAGGUUUUUCUUCUUUCCACGGCAUAUAAGCAUGUACUGUUUAGAGUGUUUUUUAAAGUUUUGAUUAAUGUUUAAAAUCUGAUAAUUAGAAAUGCCAUUUUGCAAAAAUGGUAAAUAUACUUUACUUUUCAUUUCCAAGAACAAAAUUCAAGCGCAGUACUUUUGUAACAUGAAGAUUUUGUGAUGUACAAUAUUAGCAAAGAUUGGCAAAUUUCCUAAUUAUUUAAUAUUAAUAUAAUUACAACUACUUUCGCUCUAAAGUAAAAAAAAAUGCAGGUCUAACUCUUGAGAGCUAACAUACUCUAAGGUGUGUUCUCAACUAAAUCCAAAUAUAGAUAGUCCUCAACUUAUGACCACAAUUUAGCUCAAAACUUCUGCUAAGUGAGACACUUGUUAAAUGAGUUUUGCCCCAUUUUAUAAUCUAUCUUACCACAGUUGUUAAGGUGAAUCACUUAAGUAUUAAGUGACUCUGGCUUCCUCAUUGACUUUGCUUGCCAGAAGGUUACAAAAAGUGAUAACACGACCCCAGGACACUGCAACCAUCAUAAAUAUGAGUCAGUUGCCAAGCAUGUAAAUUUGGAUCACAUGAGCAUGGGGAUGCUGCAAUGAAAAAUGGUCAUAUCACCUUUUUCAGUGAUGUUGUAACUUUGAAGAGUCACUAAAUGAACGGUUGUAAGUCAAGGACUACCUGUAUAAUUUGCAGCUUCAAGAGCCAAGCAAAACUGAACUGAAAGCAAGGCAGAUGUUGAGUUGGAAUCUUCCAUAGAGGAAAUGCAGCAUAGAAAGAUUUGGGCAGAAAAGAGCAGAAGGAACACAUAGCUUGAAGCUGUCGUGUUCUUCACAAUAAAUUGUCUUUGGAAUCGUUCUUUAAAAAUUGGCAGCUCAUUACCUGCCUAUGUUUAAUGUCUAUUUAGCUGUAUAAUAUACACACACCCAAACAGUAAGUAACCUUUGUGAACAGUAUAUGCAGAAUGCAAGACAGCAGAGACUGCAGAAUUUUUAUAUACUUCCUUUCAACUAUUGUGUGUCAGGUGACAUCCCUGCCAUUUUAGAUAUUUAGAUGUGGGUACAACAAAUAUUAUAAUUAACCAUAAUAUCUUAAGCUUGGGGCUGAAUGCUUGUAAAUCUGCAUUUCAGAAUGGAAACAGAUGUGAUAUAAAAACUUAGUGGCUCCCCCUAAGCUAUAAACAAUGAAUCAGAUGCUGGGCUUUGGUCUGCCUUUAUCACAUUCUUCAAGUGGAUGGUCUGUUCCUUUUUAUAUUAAAAAGAAUUCAUGAAAAGGGUACAAACAAUAAUUUUUGAAUGGUGGAAAUAAGCAGGAAGAGAGGAAAAAAGCCGGAAAAAGAUAUAGAAUAUAGAAAGCUGCUUCAUAUAAAAUCAGACCUCUAGUUCUACCUUGUUCUCCAUAUCCAACUGAUACCUUCAAAUUGGGGCUGAAGUUGAACUACGGAUCAAGUCUGUUGGAGAUUUUAGAAACAAACAAAAUGGUCACUAAUUUCUGACCUUCUUCAGCAUACAAUACCUCAUGCAUAGCAAGGAGGUCAAGUUUUAACUACCAGUAGCUAAGUUUUGUGGACUGACAAUUCUCAUUCUCUCUCUCUCUCUCUCUCUCUCUC